UCCGAGUUGCAAAUCCGGUCCAUGGUUUCAUGCUACAAUGAAUGGAAAUAGCAGCUUAGUAGCGCAAGAUAGUCCUUCCAAAGAUGCCGCAUUGGAGGAUGGGGUGGAUGGAGAAGUCCUUAUUGCACAUCUUGACAAGUUACUUGAGGACUAUCUCCACGCUUUAGAUGAAUAUCAACAACUGCAACAGCAGCUUUCGGCAUGUCUCGCCUCCGGCUACUUCUCAUUGGCCCAGGCAAACUUCAAAAAUCCAUCUCGCAUCCGAUAUGGAGUGGACCACUAUGAUGAUCGAAUGCAAUCGCUUCGGAAGAUAUCUGUGGGCGGAGAUAUCCCAAAUCUCAAGUUCUCGAUUCAAUCACCCUCUGCUCGCGAGAACAAAGCAUCUGGACCUGCGGAAAAUGACAAGACGUCGACGCGUCCUUCAACAGAGGAGGAAACAUCCGACGAUCAUGAGAACGCAGGGGAAGCCGCUCCAGUCGAAAACAAAGCAUCUUCAGAUCCGCUAAAGUGGUUCGGCAUACUCGUCCCCCCCGAGUUGCGAAACGCACAAGUAUCCUUUAACCGUGCAGUUGAAGAUCCGGUGCCAAAGUUAGCUACGGCCAUAGGCAAUCUCAGAAGACAGGAGGUUGAAAUUGGAAGAUUGCGGAAGCGGAUUAGGAAGUUGGGGCAUGCUGGGUUCUAAUCAUACAAAUGCCAAAUGCAAAGCAUCGCCAAUACAUAGAGUCUACACCCCCUAGAGAGGAGAAGUUCUGUCUCUCAUGUCGUCCUUCCGCUUGGAAAUCACAGUGGACCAAACCGAGGAAUCAUCGUUCGCCAAUGGGUAAGCCCAAUGUCAUCUUGGUUUGGAGUGUAAAAUGGUAGUUUCGCAAGCAAUUACGUGACGAAGCUUCCGUGACCCCACAGAAUCUUGCAAGUGGUUUUCAUGGUUGAUUGAUGAUAGAAUACAUGAGAAAGUGGAGGCAACAUGUUAGUUCACUGCUAAAGCCCCACUCGUCGAUUUGAACAACAUCAAAAGAUUGACACGGGCAUGAAUUACACGAGUCAUGACCUGGACAUCGUAUUGUUCAAUGCAUUUACACUUACGUCGUUGAGUAGAAUAGAGC